GUCACACCCGGAAGUGGGUUCUGCUAUGGUCCUGUAAAGCGGGAAAAGCGGUUCGAUAAACGGGAUGCUCCAAGAAGACUGAACAUCAGUCAAGGAAAAGACGUUGCUUGUGGCUUCCACGAAUCAGAAGAGCUGAUUUCACUCCGGCCGGAUACCUAGUCCAUACGUCCGUGUUUGUUCUUUGUUGAAGAUGGCGUCCGAAGGGCAAGAUGUCACCCAGUGCAGCAUCUCGCCAGUUCUCUUCAUGACUGUGGAAGGAGAGCCCCUUGCCUUUUAUCUGCGUCCGGGCCCUAUCAAGAGCAAGCUGCAGCCUCUCAUCAAAGCUGGGGGAGGCAUUAUGUGCAAUGUCCAGAAGCCUGGAGCAAUUUUGCUGAUCGACCCUGAAGAAAAAGGCACUGUUAGGGAGAACACAGCUCACUGGUACGUGUCUAUCCAGUACAUCCACGAUUGUGUGGAGAAAGAUGAACAGCUGAACCUAGAGGACUACAGAAUGAAAGGUGGAACGGUCCCGAUGCGUUCUCCAAAAUCUGGUGAUGGUGACGUGAUGUCUCACGCUAAUUCAGGAGGCAGGCAAGCGUACAGCCCUGACGAAGACGCCGCCAUUCUGAAUUACGUCAGCCGGCAAAAGUCCGAAAUUAAGGGCAACCGUCUCUGGCAGCGGAUGGAAAAGGAGCGCGUGACCACUCACAGUUGGCAGUCAAUGAAAGCCCAUUACAAAAGUCACCUGGCUCAGAAACAGUCAGAAGACGUCGAGGAGGCGGAAGCAGUCGGAGAAGACGCCAAGAACAAUGACAAAGAUGAAGUGACCGACAGUCCAUCCUGUGAAGAAGAUGCUGCUCUUCCUCAAGCAGACUGUGAGCCAGGAGACCCUCCGCAAACUAACUCUGCUGAUGAGCUAACACAGAUUGACUUGCUCUUGGCAGCUGAAAAAGGACCACUGGGUGAUGUCCAAGCUCAAACAUCUGUCCCUCCCCAGCCAGAGGAGAAGAUCUUGAACCUGCCCGGGGACGAAAUCCAACAAGCGACAACUGCUGAAGCAGAAAUGUGCGUCUGCUCAAAGUCAGAGGAGAGCACAGAACCAGACCAGCUGCAAGCAAAGACAUCGCCUCAGAAUGAACAAACAUCGGAGAGCACAGAUCCCACCUCGUCAGACCCCCAAAGCGAUGGUUCGACGACUAACAAUAUAGUGCAGCCCGUGCGUGUGCCUCGCCACUCAUUGCACAGCUCUGUGCAUAGACGGUUAGAGGAUUCUGAGGAAGAACCAUACACCAAAAAGCUCCGUUCAUCGUCAUCAGCAGCAGCAGCUUCUGUCAGGCAACUGCCGUCCUCCCCUCCCACCCCAAGGAGAACCAGGUCAGCCUUGUCCUUUCUUCAAGAAGAAACCAGAGAGGAGGAGCCGCCUUCUAAGAGAGCAAAAGGAGAGAGCUCAUCCGCAACAGCAGAAGAAGCACCAGAAGAAGCAACAGCAGCAAUAGAAGAAGAAGCAGCAGUAGCAGGAGGAGACAAAGAAGCAGCAGAAGAAGAAACAGCAGAAGCAGCAGCAGCAGAAGUAGAAGCAGAGAGUCAACAAGAGGAUGUCGAGCAACCUCCUGCCACACCACAAGCAGGUCCAUCUCAUGUCAACCAGCCAAGUGAGUCCAAACCAAGGCAGACAAAAAGGAAGAAGAAGAGGAAGCUGGGAAUUAUUGAGAGAGCCACAAAAGAGUUUUUGAGCACCUCCAGUAGCAGCUCCAGUGACAGUAGCAGUGACAGUGACAGUGACAGUGACAGUGACAGUCAAAGUGAGUCCCGUGUGGAAGUUUUCCGAACCCCGUCCGAAACAGCGGUGCCGGAAUCACUGGCCUCCGCGGAAGUUUGUCCAGCUCAGCCCGGCACGCCCUCCCCUGAAGGAGAACCCGCCGUAUGGAAGACCCCGCCACAGCGCCGUCUUUCUCCGGAACCAAGCAGCACUGUGAGGGUGGCAUCCAAAGCUCAAAUGGAUGAUGAGUCUUCUGAAGAAGACUCGGUCCCACCAGAGCGAGUUCAGCUUGAGGAGGACAAACAGCGAAUCAGAGAGCUGAUGAAGCAGACAAACCAGGACUUGAAGUCUGUCACUAAAGCCUUGCUGAAGGCCAGCGGCGACGCCUCGGCUGCCUCGCGCUUGCUUUCGGAUCCCGCGUCCUUCUGCGUACCGCUUUGGAACCGCAGAGACGACAGCUUCCUAUUGUCGGCCGACCCUGCUGCUUUCCGGCAGCUACAGGGGAAGUACGGUGAGGAGGGUGUUGCCAAGCGGAUGGUGUUCCUCAAUGUGGAGCGGUGAAAAUGUAGAACAUGCCCGCCUGUUUUUUAUUUUUUAUUUUAUUUUUUUAAAAGGCAUUCCUGAUAUGUAGUUAGGUGAUUUUAGAUCUGUUUAAUACUCUAUUCUAUUUGGGUAUUUUACCCUGAAUUUACCUCUGACUGUUUUUAAAGUUGUUCCAAUUAAGCUGCAGAAUAAAU